AUGGACGACGAUGCCAAUGGGAACGUGGACGUGGCGGAGACAGACGGAUUCCUCAGAGAAGACCUAAACUACCAUGACCCAAAGGCCAAACACAACACAUUUCACGGGGACGAUCAGUUCAUCAGCGUGGAGGACCUGUGGAAUGCAUGGAAGGGAUCUGAAGUGUAUAACUGGACUGUGGAUGAGGUGGUGAAAUGGCUCAUCUCCUACGUAGAGCUUCCUCAGUAUGUGGAGGUCAUCCGCAAGAUGAACUUCAGUGGAAGUGCCAUGCCAAGGCUUGCAGUGAAGAACACCACCUUGACAUUGUCCGUGCUGAAGAUCCUGGACCGAAGCCAUGUGCAGAAGCUCCAACUCAAGGCCCUGGACACAGUGCUGUUCGGAGCCCCUUUAAUGAACAGACAUAACCACCUGAAGGACUUCAUGCUGGUGGUGUCCAUAGUCAUCGGAAUGGGGGGUUGCUGGUUUGCCUACAUCCAAAACCGCUACUCCAAAGACCACAUGAAGAAGAUGAUGAAGGACCUGGAGGGUCUUCAGCGGGCUGAACAGAGCCUGCAUGACAUGCAGCAGAAGCUGCAGAUUGCGCAGGAGGAGCACCGCACUGUGGAGGUGGAGAAGGUGAACCUGGAGCAGAAGCUGAGGAAUGAGAUAAAAACGGCCAAGCAAGAAGCACAGCGCCUCAAAGACCUGCGCGAGGGCACGGUGAACGAGCUGAGCCGGCAGAAGUACGCGGAGGAGGAGCUGGAGCAGGUGCGCAUGGCUCUGAAAAAUGCUGAGAAGGAGCUGGAGUCGCGGAGCGGCUGGUCCCCCCCUGAGCCCCUUCAGAAGUGGCUGCAGCUCACACAUGAGGUGGAAGUGCAGUACUACAAUAUCAAGAAGCAGAGCGCAGAACGGCAGCUCCUAGUGGCCAAAGAGGGGGCCGAGAAGAUCAAGAAAAAGAGGAACACUCUCUUUGGAACUUUCCACGUGGCUCACAGCUCGUCUCUCGAUGACGUGGACCACAAGAUUCUGUCAGCAAAGCAGGCUCUGGGCGAGGUGACGGCCGCCCUGAGGGAGAGACUGCACCGGUGGCAGCAGAUCGAGAUCCUCACCGGCUUCACCAUCGUCAACAACCCCGGGCUGCCCACUCUGGCCUCAGUCCUCAACCUGGACCCCAGCUUCAUGGGUGGAAGAGCCACCCCCCAGCACUUCAUCAUGACAGACGACAUGGACGAGCUGGAGGAGGACAUCAUGCCUGGAACUCUGUCAUCUCCCAGUAUGAUGUCCCUGCGCCAACGCCACAUGGACUCGCAGCUGGCCAUGGGCUCCCAGAGGUUUGUAGAGGGUUCUCAGGGGCCACAAGGGGAGGGGACGUACGCCAGGCCCAGGGCUGUGCUGAGGCAGGCUCGCAGUCAGUCCUUUGGCCAGCUGGACUCUUUCACCUGUCUGUCCUCCGCCGUGUCUCACCCCUCCAUCCCCUUCUCGGGCUUCAGCCACCCCUCGUCCCCUCUGUCCCCUCUGUCCUGCUCGGCCUCCUGCCUGCCCAGCGCCGUCUUCCACUCCUCGUCUUUUCAGCCACUGGAGCCCAUUCCCGACGUGUCCGUGUCGGAGGCAAAUCUGCUGUCGGCGUGCAGCGGCAGCCUGGGGGACCUGAACCGCUCGGACUCGGACUCCUCCUUGUCCCUGUCCCAAGUCGGAGACCGGCUGGCGGCCUACAGCUCCAAAGGCCACAUGAUGAAGCCCACCUCCCUGCUGUACGGCCUGUCCCGCCACGCCGACGACACGGUCUCUCUGCACGGCCUCACCCCCAACGGAGGCGCCCGCAUCACGGACAUGGGAGCGGAGGCGCUGGCAGACAGUCCCAUCCUCAUGAAGAAGAUCUACGGAGACGAGAGCUCCAGCAACGUCGCCGACAUCCACACGUUCAUGUCCGAAUCGUCCCGCUCCCUCAGCCCUAACUCCACCGAACCCGACACCCCGUCCCCCAUGGGGCAAGCGGGCUCGAUGGUGCCCAAGAGCGUCACCCGCAUCCCCCAGCUAUCGUCCAAGAAGAGCCCCGUGGAGGAGGACAGCUGCUCUACGGGAGACGACACGGAUUCUACCGCCAGUCGCAAGAAACACACCUUCAAAAUCUUCAAGAAGCAGAAGAAGUAG